CCCGUAUAUCAGAUUAUUGAUUGAGCGCCAUGUCAGCGAAUAUUCAAAGAAAGGUUGCAGCCAAGCGGUCAAAGAACAAGCGCAGCAAGGCGAAACCGCGUUUUAGAAUGGAAGAGGAAGGGGAGGAGAAGGGGAAACGAAGUUCUCCUGAGAGAGACGAAGAAUACGAUUCGACUGAAGACGAACAGGAGGAUCCGGGAGAUUACUGUAAAGGUGGCUAUCAUCCUGUUCAAAUUGGUGAUUUGUACAAUGACAGAUACACGGUGAUCAGGAAGCUAGGAUGGGGUCACUUCUCAACAGUUUGGUUAUGUUGGGAUCUCAGAGCAAAGAGAUAUGGGGCAUUGAAAGUUGUCAAGAGUGCGUCCCAUUACACGGAGACUGCGUUGGAUGAAGUAAAACUUCUGACUAAAGUACGGGAAUGCGAUGAGAACGCAACGGGUCGAAAGUAUGUAUUACAGCUGUUUGAUACAUUUCGGAUACACGGCAUUCAUGGAACACAUGUUGCGAUGUUGUCCGAAGUAUUGGGGCAUAAUCUCUUGAAGAUGAUUGUUCGAUCAGACUACAAGGGUAUUCCACAAGUUGCUGUCAAACGGAUCAUCAGACAGGUGCUGCUGGGACUUAGUUAUCUACACGAGAAAUGCCAUAUUAUUCACACGGACAUAAAGCCUGAAAAUAUUCUUGUUUGCUUGAGUGAGUCUUCUAUUAGGAGAUUGGCAUGUGAAUCGGUAGCAACGAAAUCUGCUGUUGGCAAUGUUCCAUCACAUUUGCGACAUCGUCUCUCAUCAGCAAGCAGCGUUGGCAGCAGCAGCAAGAUAAGUAAGAACAAGAAGAAAAAACUAAAAAAGAAACAGAAACAACAACAGCAACAACAACAACAACAACAACAAACAAUCGAGCACAUGAUUGACACAAGAGGCAUACACAAUAGUGACAAGUUGAAUGUUGAUGCUGAAGAUAGGAGUGACGUGAGCAUGGAGGUGGAAGAGACGUCAAUUGGUAAACAUCUGACAGAACCUGAAGAGCCACAACAAGGCAUUGCUGCUGUGUCUGCUGUAUGUAUUGAUCCUGCAACUGACUGUUUGUCUCCUCUGUGGGAUCCUAUACGAUACCCAAUCAACGUGAAGAUAGCAGAUUUAGGGAACGCUUGUUGGGUGGAUCAUCAUUUCACUGAGGACAUCCAGACUCGUCAGUAUCGUUCACCGGAAGUUUUGUUGGGCGCUGGAUAUGGUACACCAGCUGAUGUGUGGAGCGUGGCUUGCAUGGCAUUUGAAUUGGCGACCGGGGAUUAUUUGUUUGAGCCUCAUUCCGGACAGUAUUACUCCAGAGAUGAAGAUCAUUUAGCUCAUGUCAUUGAGCUUCUAGGUAAUAUUCCAAAGUCAAUAGCCCUGAGUGGUAAAUAUUCGAGAGAAUUUUUUGAUCGAAAAGGCGAACUACGACACAUUAAAGAUCUGAAAUUCUGGUCUCUUCAACGAGUUCUUGUUGAGAAAUACGAAUGGAGUGAAGACGCCGCCGACGCGUUUGCCAACUGUUUUCUACCAAUGCUUGACUGCUCGCCAUUGAAACGAUCGUCAGCAAGAGGAGCAGUGAAGCAUCAGUGGCUUACUGACAGCAUCUCUAUUCCAGAUGAGUCUGAAGAGUAGAGGGAUGUGUAGCUAGGUAAUACAGACAGGCAGAGACCAAUUUUUAUGACUGAGUUUGACAUGAACAUACGAAUGUUAUGUUUAGCGAUUGAUUUGAAUAUACGACGUAAUUGUAACUGAA